CCCGUUUUUGCGGUGUCGCAAGAAAAAAGAUACCACAGUACAUCUUCCAGGUAUUGCCACCGCACCAUUUCCACUCCUUUGCUCUGCUAUCGGUACAUAUCAAGCCUUUCUCCCACCUACCCCCUUUGUACGCUUCUUGGUCUCUCUUUUUGAUCUUGUGUCUGCCACUUCACUUUGGUUACCUGCAGGAAUUUGGGCCAGGCUGCUUUGGACCGAGACGCAAUACGUGGGUGCUACAUUGCAAUCCCAGAAGCCGUCGCACUCAUUACAGCAUCACACCAACCACCCCUGACGUAUUCUCGGAGGUUGGAAAGCCCAACCUUUUCGGCUGCCAUCUCCAGUGCCGGCCACCACAAAAUAUACAAUUAGCGUCCGGAUUUGCAACAGUCGCCGUUAUCCCUCGAUUCUUCUCUACACAGCCGUCCGUCCUGCAGUCUACACACAACAGUCAAGACUCCUCGUUGCUAUCGAACACCGCCACCCACCAUGAAUAUCACCAAAAAGUUUGACCGCGCCUUCCAAUGGGCGGGCGAGAAGAUGGGCUCCGAAGCCAAGACCACGAUGCCAGAAGACUUCAAGCAACUCGAAACCGAAAUGGCGCUCAGAUUUGACGGCAUGGAGCGCAUGCAAAAGUCGAUGAACAUGUAUGUCAAAUGGCUUGGCCGCCGCGGAGAGCUCGCCGACGACAAAGAGAAGGGUCUCCCAGCUAGCUACUUGGGCCGCACCAUGAUGGCCCACGGCGAGGAGUUUCAGUCAGAUUCGGAAUUCGGCAACUGUUUAAUAGCAAUGGGCCGCGCCAACGAGCGGGUAUCUGGUAUCCAGGAGUCGUUUGUCAACGAAGCAACCGCUACAUGGCUCGAGUCCCUGGAGAGGUCUCUGGCCAUGAUGAAAGAGUACCAAGCCUCACGCAAGAAGCUCGAGAGUCGCCGUCUAGCCUACGACGCGAGCAUAACCAAGAUGCAGAAAUCGAAGCGGGAUGAUUUCCGCCUCGAGGAAGAGCUCCGCACUGCCAAGGCCAAAUACGAGGAGUCCUCGGAAGACGUCCUGCGCCGCAUGCAGGACAUCAGGGACGCCGAAGUCGACAGCGUGCGGGACUUGACGCAGUUUAUGGAUGCCGAGCUCGACUACCAUGAGAGGUGCGCUGAGGAGCUCAGACGCGUGCGCAACAACUGGGCCGGAACAGCAAUGGCCGGUGUAUCCAGCAGCUAUGGCAGCGCCGUUGAACGUCGCCCCACAGGCAGAAGCCGAUCAAACACGGCGCGCAGUUACACGGAGCGACUUUCGCGGACCAACAGCCGCAACAUCUACGAAGCCGACGAGAUGGAGCUUGACGUCGCGCCACCCGUCCGCAUGCCUAUUCGCGGCAACACAUCUCGGGUGGGCCUCUCUGUGCAGCCGCAGAACCAGCAGCACCAAGAUGCCCCAAUCCGCCCAACUAUUAGCAAAGCGAACACCUUCCAGGGCGGAGCAAGCCUGGACCGUGAACGCAUCGGUGGGCGCAUCUCUGGUGCAAACACACCCACCUCGAACUACGCGGUGGUCAACCAGAACGUCGGCCCCAACGUCGGAACCCUGCGCAAUCAGCUGCGUCCUGUCACCAGGAUCGUGACGACGAGAGAUGACGUCUUUGGGGAUCGCGACCGCGACGACGACACUACCAGCGACAGCGGGAGUCCAGACUGGGCCAACCGCAGCGAGAGCCCGGCCACAAGUGUCGGCAGCUUGAGUCGCACUUCCAGUCAUGUCGGGGUGAGCGGCAACGGCGGUUUAGGAUCACGCAAGGCGCCGCCCCCGCCCCCGCCAAGCCGUUCCAAGAAGCCCGCGCCUCCUGUUCCGGCAAGACGAGAACUCGGAUACUAGAUGUGCCGCCACGGCGCCUAGCAUGGAGCUGCCAGUGCAUAUCGGUCGAUGCAUUAAGUUCGCUGUCUGUCCUGGACAUGUUUGGCAACAUCCCGGACAGAAUGGGGCUUUACGCGGGGUGAGCUAGACUCGACGGCAGGCAAAGAGUAUCCCUUUGCUCUCAUGCCUUGUCAUUUGACUCUUUAAGGAGGAGGAUUAUAUUAACAGAGAAGGGAGUUGUGAUUAUUAGUGCUAGCGUGUUAAUUAUGGGCGGCGCUCGGUUGUUGGUGAGGUGGUUGCCAUGUUGAUUAGCCUCAGUGGGACUGGAUGGACUGGAUCCGCGACCUGGUGGGAAGGCGUUUAUCCUCAAGCUUUUUGGACCUUUGGACUUUUAAGUGGUAAUCCUGUUAACCCCAACUACGUAGAUUAUGAACGAAAGUAUCACUUACAUAAAUAACUCUCGUCCCCUUGUUGUGUGAAUUUCGGUCUUCUCUCCGCUCUCUGAGCCGUUGACAG